ACCACCGUAAGCAAAGCGAAGAGCAUCGACAGUGUGAUGGAGAAGCAAUCUAGGCCGCUAAUCGUGGCGAUGAAGGGCCACCCAGGCACCGGAAAAUCCACCCUCGCCGCUGCCCUCGCCGCCGCCCUCUCUUGCCCCCUCCUCGACAAGGACGACGUCCGAGACUGCACCCUUUCCCUGCAACACGCCCUAGCCGCCACCUCCUCCUCCUCCUCCUCCGCCUCCGCCGCCUCCCUGCUCAACGAUCUCUCCUACUCUGUCCUCUGGCAAGUGGCCGCCACCCAGCUCCGCCUCGGCCUCUCCGUCGUCAUCGACUCACCGCUCUCCCGCCGGGCCCAUCUUGACCAUCUCAUCGAUCUGGCCCACAGCAGCGACUCCUCCGUCGGCGCCGCUGGGCUCGUCGUCAUCGAGUGCCGGCCUUCGGACGCCGACGAGUGGCGCCGCCGGAUAGAGGCUAGGGGAGCCGCAGCCACCGAGGCGGCGGGCGGCGGUGGGGAGGGAUGGCAUAAGCCGGCGACGUGGGAGCAGCUGCAGGAGCUGUUGGAGGACUACCAGGGGUGUACGGACUACGACGUCGGCCGCGUGCCGAGGCUCGUCGUCGACACCACCUCGCCGGAGAUAGGAUUCAAGGAAACGGUGGCAAGGGUGCUCGAGUUCAUAAACCUCUUUUAGCCAAACAAGUCGAGAGGUACUCAAACUUGUAAUCUCCGAUGACCAAAUUGAUUAUUCCAGAAAAAAAAAAUCGAAAAGAUUAAGAUGAACAAAUUAACUUUUUAACAUUCAAUUAAAUCUUAAUUAAAAUUUAGUUUUUACGAAACGCUUACACACGACAACAAACACAUGCCCAUAAUUUUUUUGACGAUCGAGGGUCUAAUUGUUGCUUGCCACACUCUUACACAUCAAACUAAUGGCGGUGAAAGCAUUCAUGA